AAAGGAAGAAGAAGAAGAAGCAGAAGAAGAAACAUUUGAAGUAGCCUUUGUUCCGGAUAGUAGCGUGGUUGGGGUAUUGUACGUCUAUAGACGCUUUGCUGUAAAAGUUUGUAACGUAAGUUGUUGGCUUCGAUAUGGUAAAAUUAUCUGCGGAGCUAAUUGAGCAGGCCGCUCAGUAUACAAACCCUGUGAGAGACAGAGAGCUGGAUUUACGAGGUUAUAAAAUCCCAGUGGUUGAAAAUCUUGGAGCUACUCUGGACCAGUUUGACACUAUUGACUUCUCUGAUAAUGAAGUCAGAAAACUGGAUGGCUUCCCUCUUCUCAAGAGACUCAAGACAUUGCUAAUGAACAACAACAGGAUUUGUCGCGUAGGUGAGAAUCUGGAGCAGUCUCUGCCGAGUCUAACAGAACUGGUUCUCACCAACAACAACAUACAGGAGCUGGGCGACUUGAACCCGCUGGCUUCAGUCAAGACACUGACACUUCUCAGCUUGUUAAGGAAUCCAGUGACAAACAAGAAGCAUUAUAGGCUCUAUGUCAUCAACAAAAUUCCGCAGAUCCGUGUGCUUGACUUCCAGAAGGUAAAGCUCAAGGAACGCCAGGAUGCAGAGAAAAUGUUCAAGGGCAAACGAGGUGCUCAACUUGCAAAGGAUAUUGCCAAGCGACCUAAAACAUUCACUCCCGGAGUGACAGCACAGCUUGAGAAGAAGAGGACAGGGCCGUCUCAAGCUGAAGUGGAAGCCAUCAAGAAUGCCAUCGCUAAAGCUUCAUCAUUGGCAGAGGUGGAGAGGUUAAAAGGGAUGCUUCAGGCUGGUCAGAUCCCAGGCCGAGAUCUCAGACAAGGUACAGCCGGGAUGGUGGAGGAAGAAGAUGAGGAAGAGGGUGACUCUGCACAGAUGGAGGCACAUAUGGAUGAAGGUGCUGGAGAGGGGAUGGCGGAGGAAAAUGAAGAAGAUAUGGAUGAACAGCCACAUGCUAAUGGCUCCUGAGGAGUGUUUUUAUGUUGUAGAUUUCUUGUGUUGGACAUACACGUACCAGGGCCGUUUUUAUUUUCAAAUGACAUGUUGUGGCAAAACUAUCUACACAUCAACAGAUUUUGCAUCACUCUAAGCGGGAACAUUUAAUUUUAAGGGUCAGCUGACAUGGCCAGCUGAAUGCAGGUUUUUUUCUUAUCUGGUCUUUAAGGCAGUUCUCUAGUCCUUUAAUGUUAAUUUCUGAUGGCUUUGACAGAUCUUGUAUAGCUAUCGCUGUUUCACAUUCAUAUUUGUAACUAACACGUAUGCGAAUUUAUGUAAACACAUUUGACACACAUGCAGACAAGUGAAAUAUGAGUGUGUAUGUGUGUGUACAAGAAUAAUUUUUGUGAUGACUAAAGCAAAACCUAUUUCUUCAAAGUGCUCAUUUAGGCUGUGGUACACUUUGGUGGCUUGAACAGAAGAACAUAAAUGUCCAACAGAUUUAAAAUAUCCUUUUUUCUCCAUUGACCACCCUCAGUGUUGCUUGUUUUCCAUGUUUAUUUUUGAAGUUGGUGUAUUAUGAGAGCUGCUAUUCAGGCAGUCUGGUUGUGAUGAUGUCACAGACAGAUCCAACAAGUUAAACAACUGACUUUAGAACAUUUCUCCAAUAUGAAAAUAAAAACCACUUAAAUGAUGGAA